AUUCAGAUCUAUACAUUACCCAAGUCAAAAUUGACACAUUCCCUUCUAAUUUAGGACAGUCCUAGCCAAGCCUUACUUUUUGUUUGAUUUAUUUUUACCCAAUACAUCAAACAUAAUCCAAGCUCAAAAGGUUGUAGAAAGUAAACAGUACUCAGUUGUUCCAAGGUCGAAACUUUUGCAAUUGGAAUAGACAGCCACAUGCCCAUUACUGGCAACUUUCUUUCACAAUGGUAGUCAUGAGUGCCAUGUCCUGAGAUUUUUGUAAGGGAAGGGUAGAUCAUCAGUGUGACAGGGUGGCCUGCCCCUUUAAAGGCCGAAAAACUGGAGCCGCUGUCCAGUUAGCCCUGCUUGCCACACUUGGGAUGGAGCCUGGGGUUAAUUAGUAGAACUAACUGGGUAGAAACAGCAGCAGGAAGCUGCAAAGUAAGGGGAAUGCUUAGGAAGUUGUACAGAGACUGCAGAGAGUGAAAAAAGCACAGAAGACCCUGAGACCAGGGGAGUUGCUUCAGCUAGGAAGGUCUGGGAGUAGCCUGCCAAAGUAGGAAGGAACCUGAGACACCAGUUGGACUUUUUAUUUAGCAAGGACUGUGUAUUCAGCUGCACUACUUCUCUUCCUCCUCAUCAUCAAGGUCAAGGCCUUGAGCUAUGCAUUUUCAUGCUUUUCCCCUCCUGGGAAUGUCAUUGGUAAGGGAAUACAGCUCCAGUCAAUGCACAUGUGAAGAGAAAGCAAAUACGUGCACGUUCAUUCCCUGUGGAAUCCCUGGGAGCAAUGGUUUACCAGGCAGAGAUGGGAAGGAAGGUCCAAAAGGAGAAAAGGGAGAGCUAGGGUUGAGAGGGACACAGGGUCUCCCAGGAAAAGCUGGACCCUCCGGGCCAAAAGGCGAGAGAGGUUCAGUAGGUGAAAGAGGACCAACAGGUCCUAAUGGAUGCCAAGAACUUGAUCAUCUUAAAACUCAACUGAGGGAGUUGCAAGCACAACUGAAGGACUUGCAAGCUACUGUCAGCAAAGCCCAGAAAGUUCUGCUUUUCCCAAAUGGCAUAACUGUCGGUGAAAAAAUAUUCAAAACUGAGGGCUCCGAAGGCAACUUUGAGACUUCAAAAGCUGCGUGUUCCCAAGCUGGUGGCCUGCUUGCUUCUCCAAGGAAUUCUGCAGAGAACAGCGCCAUCCAACAAAUAGCAGCCAGGCAUAAAAAAAUGCCAUUUCUUGGAAUAAAUGACAUACAGACAGAAGGCACAUUUAAGCAUCUAAAUGGUGAAGCAUUAGGAUACUCCAACUGGGCAUCUAAUGAACCAAAUAAUUAUGAAGGAAUAGAGGACUGUGUAGAAGUGAAUUCAAGUGGCAAGUGGAAUGACAAAUCCUGUGCAGAAAAACAUUUAAUAAUUUGUGAAUAUUAAUCUACCUGCCAUUUUGGUUAUUUGUCACUUAGUACAAAUGUACAUACAGCUUUACAUAUUGCUAAUUAUAUCAAUUUACAGUAGCCCUACAUUUUGGACAUUGUGCUGCCUCAGUAAUGUAAAGCAUACAGCUGUCUACUGUAUGUGAAAAACUAGUCCAAUAAAAUAAUCAUGCAACACUGA